AUGCUCCAUCAUGCCAAGUUGGACAAGUGCUUCUGGGCUGAAGCGGCAAUGACGGCCGUCUAUGUGAAGAACCGUUUGCCGUCACCCAAGAUUCCACACAAGACACCGUUCGAGAUUGUCUACAAUUCUAAGCCAAGUGUCAAGCACAUGCGCGUUUUUGGGUGCCAAGCAUACAUCUUGACCCCGAAGGAGAAACGACUCAAGUGGGAUCCCAAGGCCCGGGCUGGAUUGUUUUUGGGCUACGAAGAAGUGUCCAAGGCGUAUCGAGUUUACGACAUCGAAGCGGGGCAGGUGAUGCUAAGUCGCGAUGUCAACUUCGAUGAGUCGGCCUUUGGAAUGUCGAUGCUGAUUUCCGAUGACGAUGUUGAUGGCCUGGACUUCGAAUCGAUCGAUCUUGAUGAUGAAGAACCGCGUCCGAGACACUUCAAACAAACAGGAAAGCGCAAGGCCCAACCCAGUCACGACAAUGACGACGCAAGCAUGCCCCGAGCAGUGCGCCAACGACCCGGAUUGGAAGAGUCAAGUGCGCCGGAUGACCUCUCUUCACGUCGAGCCAACGAAGAUGAAGAAAGGAAGUCGGAGGAACAACAUGACACACCGACUUCCUCCGCGUUUUGGCAUGCGAGUGCAAACGCCGUCGAAGCAGCGGUCGAUUUUUCAGAGCCGUCGACAUUUGAAGAAGCAGUCGCCAUUGGCACAAAGUGGGUCUUCAAGAUCAAGCGCAAGGCGGAUGGGUCGAUCGAGAAAUACAAGGCACGACUUGUGGCCAAGGGUUUUCGCCAAAAGUAUGGCAUCGACUACACGGAGACGUUCUCACCCGUGGUCAAGUAUGUGACGCUGCGAAUGAUCAUCGCCAUUACCAAGCACUUUGGAUGGCCCCUCGACCAGCUCGAUGUGGUGACUGCGUUCCUGUAUGGAGUGAUGAAGGAGAAGGUGUUCUGCGCUGUUCCGGAAGGCGUCAAGAUGGAAGGUGAUUUCGACUGUCUCGAGCUGAUCAAGGCGAUCUACGAGACACACUUGCCGCUGUCUGUCAUCUCGAAGCGUGUCUUGAGGUCGUUCUUGGUGCGCGCAAUCAUCUCGAGCGAGCUUCCAGUCACCAAGACAUCGUCCACGCAGACCAGCACAAAAACACAAUGGCCUUCCGAAGUCAUGAUGUAG